AGCUCCUGAACUCAAGUACAAUGCAGCUAAAUUGCAACUCGCCUCAGCCUAACCAGUGCCUGAGCUACAGCGCAGUCGGUCAUGCCCAGGAUCUCUUGAAACACCUGUACUCGUUGCGAUCUGAGAAGGCUUUUUGUGAUGCAACUAUCAUGGUUGGCAGCAAAAUGUUCACUGCACAUUGUGUCAUCUUGUCAGCGUGCAGCGAAUACUUCAAGCUGAUGUUCUGUGGUGGGUUAUCGGAGUCAUUUUCAAAACAAGUAGAGCUUCAUGGAAUUGAUGCUGGUAUAUUCAACAAUCUUCUAGAAUUUAUUUAUACAGGUGAAAUUGAUAUUACUUCCGAAAACGUACAAGACCUGUUGUCAGCGGCCGAUAUGCUGCAGAUCCCACAAAUCAUCCAGGCCUGCUGCAAUUUCUUGCGGUCACAGCUUCAUCCCUCCAACUGUCUUGGUAUUCAUAAAUUUGCAUCUGCACUAUCGUGCAUGGAAUUGUCCGCAGCAUGUGAAAUUUACACGCACAUGCAUUUCCUGCAAGUCAUCCAGCAUGAUGAGUUCCUUGAACUUGAUUGCGGUGAACUUCUUGCAUUGCUGAGCAGCGAGAAUCUACGAAUUGAAAGUGAACUGCAAGUAUUCAAAGCGGUCUUGAAAUGGAUUCUACAUGAUGUGACGCAGAGGAAAAAGUAUCUGGUUCAAAUCUUGGAGCCUGUACGGUUUCCUAUUAUUCCAAGUGACGAUUUAUUUGAAUGCAUUGAAAAACAAUGUAACAACCUCAGUGUAAACAUAGCUUUAGGAGCAUUGUUAGCCGAAUACAAUCCUAAAAGAAAAUCCAAGUUGAAAAAGUCAUCAAUUCGACCGUCUAACUUAAAAAUGAAACCAAGAUUGAAUGCUCGAAAAUACCUGUAUGUGAUUGGUGGUUAUAACCGUGAACCAGGUGGUUGCUGGAGUAAUAAUCAGACGCUGGAUAACGUUGAUCGUCUUGAUUCUUUUAACCAUAUUUGGACGUCUAUGCCAAAGCUAAAUCAGGGACGUAGUUCACACACAAUAGAAACACUGGAUGGAGUUAUUUAUGCCAUUGGUGGUGAAGAUGAUUUGCUGUUGUUUGACAGUGUGGAAGCAUUUGAUCCGUUGGAAGGGCAUUGGGUUAUGAAAGAGGAAAUGACAGUUCCGCGCAGUGGGCACUGCUCAUGCAUAUUUAAUGGUGCAAUUUAUGUGUUUGGUGGAUGUAUAGGGACUGAAAUUGGACAAACUAUUGAGUGUUACUCUCCUGAGAGGCAACAGUGGGUAGAAGUUGGCAAGAUGCUGUCACCACGAACCUCGUUUGGAUUGGUUGAAAGUGAAG